AUCUGCUUCCGUUCUCACCUAGGAACGUCAUCGUGAGUUUUGGGGCCACCGCCUCCACGAAUUCCUCCAGAACUCAUCAGCAAAUAUGAUGACCCAACCUGCCGCUUAUUGGCCGCCUUCUUGACAACAGUCCUCUUGGAGAGAUACUAUUUUUGUUGAUUGAGGGUUUCGCAUUGUUAGGAGCCGCAGUCCCCGGAGCCCUGACGACAUUCUACUUGUCCGUCCGUCUCCUUCCCGGUCCUUGGUCCUUGGGUCCUGGGAUCCUGGGUCCGCCCUUCUACUACACACAUAACCCGAGCCCCGACACCCUGCGCAUCAUAAACUCUCAACACUCCACUCAGCCAUUUGGUAAUUGCUAUAUAUUCACCUUGAGUUACCCUGGAAGCUCCUGGUCGCGACAAAAUAAAGUCGUCGCUGACUAACAGGGGUGGUGGCGUUGGGGGAAUCUGACCAAAUUCACCCGCUUGAACUGAUCAUCUAGACUACGACUCAGCUAUCCUCAACCAGCCAUCGCACUUUUCUAUGUAACUUUACCUUCUGCUGGGCCAAAAUGGAACAAGCCUUAGAUGUGAGCUGGAUGACUCAUGGUAAAGAUGUCCUUCAAAGAAAUGGGCAGCAUGCGACUGCACCCUCUCAGUCCGAUCAUAGCGCACAACCUCCAUCUCACCCCGUAGACCUUGCGACUCCGAGUAAACCCAACGGCAAAGUGGCAUCUUCUUCUCCUUCGCCUUCCCCUGCCGCCACGACGCCAGCAAAGUCCAUACCCCAACGAGGAGGCAGAACAAGGAGUCUAUCAAAUGAAGUAUCCCCAGGCCCCAAUGGCACACCACCACAGAGGAGGAGCUCUUGGUUCUCCAAUAUCUCAUCCAAGUUUUCUGUUUCACCUGCGAAUGCCCAGAGCCAAGGGUCGAACCCGCCGCCCAAGUCCGAUAACAAUGCCGAUGAUGUAACUCCUCUACCCAAGAUAACGCCUAACAAAAAUGCGGUUCUCCCCCAUGCGGCACGACAGAGUGGCGAUGCUCCUUAUAUCCCAGCGCCUCCGAGGGGCAAUCAGCCUGGUUUUUUGGGUGUAUUUCGUCGUCUAUCGUCAUCUAAUGCGGCCAUUAGCCCGGGCGCCAGAGCAAGUCAUGGUCUCGUCGAGCGGCGGAUUUUGAAUGUUGACAAAAGCCGAGAAAGAUGCCGCUUAAACGAACUCAAUCAGGCAAAGCUUCGCCGGGUGGCAUUUUGUGUUGAUGUCGAGAUCGCCCCGAUGCCUAAAUAUUCCGAUGAUGAAACACCGUCGAAAAUAGGUACAGAAAAGAGCGAUAAGCUGAGGGUAGCAGAAAAAAGCGAAGGAUUAGCUUUGAAAGCGCCCAAGGCCAUCGAGGCGCAAAAGGAAAAUAAUGGCAUGGUAAAAGCGACGGGUGAAACGUUACCUAAAGAACCCGAAAAGGAGGGUACUGCGACUGUAAACGGCAAGGAAGAGGAACCAUCCAGCGAAAAAGCGAAAGAGCCAAAACCCGAGAAAGAAAUAUCGCGGAAAAAGGAAAAGAAGAAGAAAAGUGAGGCUGAGCGGAAAGCCAAGAAAGAGCAGAAACGGAAGGAGGCCCUCGAGAAAGGGUCUAUUCCAAUGGAGAUUCAUCUCGAUAGCGAUUCCUCAACCGAGGCGCAUUCGACAUCGACUCGCUCAUCCCGACGUCAGAGUAUACCUACCACAAACCCUGGAAGGAUAUACCGAAGGUGUUGCCAGCUACGAGAAUCUGACAUUUUGACCAAAGUUACCACACAACUUCCGAAGUCUACCGAAGGUUGCGCUGAUGGCAUCGUCGAGAAAUUAGAUCUUACCGGCUACUACCUAUCAUUACAGGACUUAGUGACACUAGGAGAUUUCCUCGCAGUCGUUCCUUUCAGAGAGGUCUGUCUGGAAAACUGCGAUCUAACGGACGAAGGUGUGCGUGUCAUCUUGGCUGGCCUUCUCGCAGCGAGAAAACCGAAUAUCAAGCAUCGCAAACCAACGACCAAAUCGGACGAGUCAAUACCGCAGGGUGGCGUUGUCGAGCGACUCACACUCAAGAACAACAAGAUUGGCGUCGACGGAUGGAAGCAUAUCUGUUUGUUCAUCCACAUGUGUCGUUCUAUCAAAUGUUUAGACCUCUCAAGCUUACCGUUUCCUACGACCAUCGAGCCUGUCAAAGCACCUCAUCAUCAUCUUGGCCAUCACGGACAUAGCGUGCCUGCAUCUUUCGACGUAUCAUCACUCCUAUCAAAAUGUCUCACAGACCGUCUGGCUGGUCCGGAACUCGAGCUACUUAACUUGAGUGCUACAGGAAUGACUUCAACCCAGCUUAAAUGCAUUGUUGAUGGGCUUCUGAAAUCAGGAGUGUCGAGAUUAGGGCUGUCACAUAUCAACCUCGAUGCUGUUGGGGCGGAACAUGUGGCGACGUAUCUACGUAGUGGCCAAUGCGAGGGCAUAGACCUUGGUGGAAAUAACCUCAGAGACCAUCUCGAAAUGAUAGCCAGCGCUAUUGCCAAUAACGAAGAACUAUGGGCACUUAGUCUUGCUAAUUGCAAUCUGGACCCUGCAUCCUUAAAUAAGCUCCUACCGAAGUUAUCGAGGCUCACCAACCUGAAAUUCUUUGAUCUUUCACAUAACCAUGCUCUCUUUGAAUCAGAGCCCAGUGCUAUCUCGCUACUUCGCCGAUAUCUCCCUAACUUGGAUAGCCUGAGAAGGCUGCAUCUUGCUGAUGUCUCCUUAUCUUCAGAGCAAGUGAUCGCUCUAGCUGAGGUAUUGCCAGAAGUCAAAUCACUCGCCCAUAUCAACAUCCUUGAAAAUCCGGAUUUAGUUCGCCUCGCAGAUGCCAGGACAGAGGAUAUGCAAGAAGAAGCGUGCGCAUUGUAUGCUUCGUUAUUGGCUGCGGUUCGUGUAUCCAAGACAUUAGUCAAGGUUGACAUCGACGACCCGAGUCCGGAGUCUGGAGAGCUUGUCAAGGCAUUGGCCAACCGUGUAGUGGUUUAUACUAUGCGGAAUCUUCAGGGAGUUCCCGAUAUUCGAGAUUCGCCUACCAACGAUUCGGCCCCGAAACUUGAGAAGUAUCCCGAUGUUCUGCGCCAUAUUGUAGGCCAUGAAGAAGAUUAUCCUAUCGUGUCCAAAGACGAUGACUCCGAAUUGGCGCCAGACGAGGAUUACGUCAUCGGUGGUACUGGAGUCGCUAAGGCCCUUGCUUGUGUCUUGAAGAAUCGGGGUAAUGACUCAGGGCAACAGUCUGGCGAGUACACGCGAGAGCUCGAGGACGGAGCUACGACAACUCGAGCACAUCUACCAGCUGGAAAGGCCAAGGAUAUGUCCAAGCAUUUGCUUUCAACUGCGCGAAAAAUCCGAGCACGCCUACAGCCUGCCUUAGUCAGUGCUAAGGCGUAUGCUAACCAGGAUUUAGGCAAUUACCAUCGCUUGGUUUUCCUUGAUCAGACCAUUGAGGGCAUCAUCAACCGGUUUGAAGACGAAUUUCCGGACACGCGACAGUCAGAUGAUCCAAACGGAGCCCCGUCUGAUCUCAGUUCAACGGCUCUAGAGUCGGGAGCCACUUCGGAACCCCCUGAUGUCGAUACUUGCGCUCUAUCCGACACCGAGGAUAUCGAAACAGCAUUACGCUCUCCCAUACGCUCACGUUCUAACUCUAUCAUUUCUCACACAUCUAGAGCCUUCUCGGAGGAGGAAGGUCGUGCGCUCCGCGUCGGACACAAAUUCCGUCGUAGCUUCAUGUCGCAAAAAGAAUUUUAUAUGCUGAAUAGCGACAAGCAGAUCAGUAGCAAUCCACACCACGUGAAAUUAGUCACGAGUCUGAUGGAAGAUCUCAUGGAAGACUACGAAGAUGUUCGAAAACGUGUUGAAGAGAAAGGUAUCGUCAAAGCAUUUGAAGAAGACAGGGAUAAUAUUUGGAAACUUCUACGAGAGAAAGAUCCUGCUUACUGGGACGUGUUCCUCGAGAGUCAGGAGAAAGCACGGGCAAAUAUUAAGGUUGAGUCAAAUGGGGUUAAGGCUGACCUUCCACACGAGGGCACGGCUAUAGAUGAGGAGGCUGUUGCGGACUAGGUAGAAGUAUUUGCCGGCAACGCUGGAGGGCCGACCGUUAUCACCACUCGUGCAAUGGAUCCUCAACAGCAUCAUUUCAAGUAUACUAGAGGGCUGUAUAUGGUCUCUAAGGAAGAGUUGGGUAUCCCAAGCCAAAAAAACACAUCAUAUCCUACAAUCAUCUAGUCAAAAGAACACAUCAAAGAAAAAAAGAUUCAAAUACCCAAAGUCGGGACACGUCGCUAUUACCUCUACCGGAUGUACGCAUUAAUCAAAACUUAGAAGCAUGGGUGUACGGCGUCGAUAUUACUCUCUUUCUAUAUCACUUCUCACCUCGAUUCCAAGCACAAACGGACAGGAAUGAAUUAAGGCUGCGCGGUAUGCAUACAGGUCUGUGUUGAGCGCGGCGUUUUAUUUGUGGCGUUGGAACUGGGCUUGUCAGGAUAUAUGGUGGCAGGCGAUCAUAGCAUACAUACCUAUAUAUACUAUUACUUUUACUACGACGA